AUGGAGACCACGUCGAGUUGGACCGAUCACCCGCGGGCAGUGUGGCCCGUGGUGCUGGCCAUCGUGUUUCAAGUUCUGGCGAUCGUGGCCGUGGGACUUCGCUUCUACGCGCAUUCACUCAAACGACAGAAGGUGGCGGAUCACGACCUGAUGAUCGUGGUGGCUUUGGUAUUCUCCAGCGGUCUGGUUGCUUUGUUGAUCAUCGCCACCGUUAUCGGCGGACUUGGGCAGCAUACGUUCGAGCUAUCCAACCCUCUCGUCCAGGGGGUUCAUUUCGCGAAGGUCUACGUCGCCAACUCCCCCGUGUGGGCGUGCGCCAUCAGCGCCGUCAAGGUCUCCAUCCUGCAGCUCUACCUCUCGAUCUUCCGGUCAAAACCGUUCCGGUACCUCUGUCUGUCGUUGAUCACGAUUCAAACCAUGUGGUGCGUGAUGGUGAUCUUGGUCUCGCUUCUUCUCUGCCAACCCCUGAAGUUGAACUGGGAUCCCACCGCGGAAGGCCACUGCGGCAGCACGUCGGCGUCGUAUCUCUGCGUCCACAUCAUCAAUCUUCUGCUCGACGUCGCUGUAGGAGUUGCGCCAGCACCGGAACUUUGGAAACUGCAGAUGAAGCGCCGCAGGAAGAUCGAGCUUUCUACGCUCUUUGCCCUGGGAAUCGUGAUCUGCGUUAUCACGAUCUUCCGCAUCACGCUCAUCAACGAACUCGUCGCCACCGACCUGACCUAUUCCACUACCAUCCUCUUCUUCUUCACCAUUCUCGAGCCCCUACUGGGCAUCGUUCUCGCCUCUCUCCCCAUGAUGAGACCCGUCCUGCAAAGAGUCACCGGGCAGUCGACCGUGUCUAGCGGCUCGCAUGGCCUGAAUAGCUCGUAUGCAUCCUCAGGGCUGAAAAAGGGACGCUCGCGUCGCGCCACGAUACGGCUGCAUAGCAGUGUCGACUCGACGGCGGCAAUUAAUGAGUCGGAGAAUUACGACAUGAAGGGGUUCUCGCAGACAAGGGCAUCGCCGGUCUGGCCGCAGGAGUCGGCGAUUCGAGUGACGAAUACGUUUGAUUACCAUACCGUCGAUGAACGAUUCGGUACGGUAUUUGCCUGCUUCUCUUCGCUCUGGAUAUUUCUAUCUUCCAUCGUCUAUCUUCCAUCGUCCCCAUCGAGCAGUCCAGUUGCCAUCGCCUGUCCUGCCGCAAUGGCCUUCGUAGAUCAACCUGGGAAUCUAUCUGCCUGGAUGGAGCAUGCUAGCCAUCCCCGCAUCCUGACGGCUGUAGCAGUCCUGCUCGCCUACCUGGUUGCUCUGUCCCUCUACCGACUGUAUAUCAGCCCUCUGGCUGGCUUCCCCGGGCCCAAGCUCGCGGCCGUCAGCGGAUGGUACGAGACCUAUUUUGAGAUCGUGAAGAAGAGCGGCGGCCAGUUCACCUUUGAGAUCAAGCGGAUGCAUGAGAGAUACGGGCCCAUCGUCCGCAUCAGUCCCAAAGAACUACACAUCGACGACCCCGAAUACUACGAGGCUAUCUACAGCGCGAACCGCGGGCUCGACAAGUCCGCACACGUACAGGACCGCUUCGACGCGCCCACGGCGGCCUUCUCGACGCCCUCGCACGAAGUCCACAAACGGCGUCGCGGUGCCAUCGCCCCCUUCUUUUCGAAGCGACGCAUCUACGAACAGGCCCCCAUGAUCCAGGCCAACGUCGAUCGCAUCUGUCGCCGACUCGCGGCCUCGUAUCGUGGCACCGGCCACCCUCUCUGCCUGAACGACAUGUACGCCAGCUUCGUCACCGACGUGAUCAUGACCUAUGCGUUCAACCGCAGCUAUCACUUCCUCGACCAGCCGGGCUUCACCUCGGCUUUCACGCGCUCCAUCCAGGGCUUGAAGGACUUUGUGCACUACGCGCAGCAGUUCCCCUGGUUGCCGAGGUUGUUGAAUCUCCUGCCGGUGCGCCUGAUGGCAAUGCUGCAGCCGUCGAUGGAGGCGAUCUUACUUUUUCAAGAAGAAAUGCGCUCGCACGUCCGCCAGGUCCUCCGCAACCACGAGGCCGGAUCUGACGACGACCAAAAAGGUACGAUUUUCUACGAACUGCUCAACUCGGGGCUCCCCGCCGAAGACCUCGCGGUGCCUCGUCUCAAGGACGAAGCGAUGAGCAUUGUCGGCGCCGGCAUAGAGACCACCAAAAUGGCGAACGUGGUCACCUCGUUUCACAUCCUCAAUAACCCGGCCAUCCUGCGCCGUCUGCAGGAUGAGUUGAAAGACGCCAUCCCAGACGCGUCGAAGCCGCCAACGUUGUCGGUUCUCGAGCAGUUGCCGUACUUGGGGGCUUGUAUUCAGGAGGGAAUCCGCCUCUCCUACGGCGCUACCGCUCGCUCCCAACGCCUCUCCAAACACGACCCCCUCAUCUACCACGACUGGGUGAUUCCCCCCAACGUCAUGGUCAGCCUGGACACGUACCACAUGCACCACGACGAGCGCGUCUUCCCCUCCAGCCACGAGUUCAAGCCCGAGCGAUGGCUGGACGGGGCGCGCGGCCCGGACGGCGAGAAGAGCCUGACGCGGUACCUGGCUUCGUUUGGCCGCGGCACGCGCAUGUGCGUGGGCUUCAAUCUGGCGUAUGCGGAGAUGACGCUGGUUCUGGCGGGCCUGUUCCGGAAUUUCCGAUUCGAGUUGUUCGAGACGAGUCGGCGAGAUGUGGAUUGUUAUCGCGAUAUGGUUGGCUUGGAGGUUGCGCCGGGGAGUCGGGGAGUUAGGGUUUUAGUGUUGUAG